AUGACGAUAACUCCAAAUAAUGUGAAGUUCAUUACCGGGCUAAGCAUAGAAGGAAAAGCCGUGAAGCACGAAUACUACGUGCAAGAGCUUAACUGGGACAAUAUUUACGCGUUUACCAAGAAUGUGUUCCAACGGGAUGAGGAUAGGACCAAGUCAGGGAUGCUAGUAGGCAAGGCAAAACAAAGGAUAUUUCAUCUCUCGAAGUUUAGGCACAACUUCAUGGGAAGAAAGAAUCUUCGUGAUGAGGGAAAAGAGGUGACGCCGGAACGUAUCAUCUCCACGGCCAAUGCGUAUGUCCUCUACGUCCUGGGAGUUGUUAUCUUCCCCGAUAUUUCCGGUGCCCAUGUGAGCGCCAACUUUAUCCAGUUGUUGCAACCAUUUGACAAGAUUCAUGAAUACUCAUGGGGCACUGCCAUCCUUGUAUCGUUGAACGAGUUGAGAAAGGCUUUUAGGGCUCGAAGGAACCAUAUCGGACGGAAUAUGGAUUUUCUGCAGGCGUGGAUAUAUAUGCACUUCCCAAUAUUUUCUCAAAGGGAUUUCGAGAACAAGGAAUGGGGCCACGAGUAUUAUGGACACAAGUACGCCUAUAAAAGUAAGCUGAAGAACCAAAAAAAGGGUUAUCUGAAGUUGAGACGCCAGUUGGACAACUUGAUAAUGAAAUAUGUUUUCUUUGAUCCUUACAAGGAGGAUUUGGCUAAAAGAAAGAGAAAAGGAAAGAAGAUUGGGUGCAGAGAGAAAAAGAAGCCGAGUCGGGUACUUGAUAACCCAAGCAAAGCUACAAAUCAGGGAAGGGAAAAAUGUUAA